AUGACUAAAAGACUUGAUAUUGACGGAGAACAUAUAACACAAGAGUGUAUGAGUGUGGAAUGUAACUCAGCUAUUUUCAAUGACUACAUAACUGUGUACAUAUGUCCUCUCAUUGCCACGAGGAACUCUAACACGGCCAUCCCCUUCUUGGCCAUACCUCUCCACGUCCAUCCAUUCCUCGGCUUCCUCACAGACUACACACACGCACACACAAGUGUUACUGCACACUUCAGUCUUGCCAGCACUCUCUACGGCCUCCAUACACACAUAACACUAGUAAUAACACACGAGCAGUCACUUCUCAGCACGACACAGCGCAACGUGUGUAUGUGUGCAGUUGAUGAGCGAUGCACCAUAGAGAGAUGGAUUGUGGGGACACAGGAGUCUAACCUUGUAAUUUGGCGCAGGGUAUGGGGAGCCUCAGCCUGGCUAUAUAAUGGAGAGUUUCUGAAGCAGCGUCAGUCCUCUCCGACACUCGCCUCCACCACCACCAAGAUGAACGGUCUCCUUGCCAGCGCUUUCCUCGUGGCCUCUACCCUCGUCGCCGUCGCCGACUCCUUCAUCAUAGUCACUGGCGUCACAGUGGGAGCAGCAGGUCUUGCUGCCGGCGCUCUAGCCGUGGGCGGCCUGGCCCUCGGAGCAAAGUUGUUUGCUCUCAAGGCCAAGCGUCGUCGCGGCAAGCGCCAGGCUUCCGAGUGCGUCUCCUUCGAGAACCCUGAAAUGUACUUCGCUCUGGCCGCCAACGGAGACUUCCUGGACUGUGGGCGCCGCUUCGUGUGCGAGCUGGAGGCCACGCCCGAGGAGAACCUGACCAGCGAGGAGCUGCUUAUCCGUAACCUGUUCGGACAAGGCUUCAUCUCCGCCAACGCCAGCGCAGGCAACUACUACGCCGAGGCCGCAGAUAUUGGGGCUGCCGGAGGUGUGGACGCCUGCGUCGACGCCUUCUCCAAGUGUCCCUACGACCACAAGACUCUCUUCCUGGCGUUCCAAGAGACACAGACCGCCCAGUGAGGCUCUUCCUCCUAGCCCGGUGAUGGGUUGCACGUAGACCCCGAGGACUGGUAGUGCGGCAGCCUGGCCGGUGACACCUUACUCAACACACACACAUGUUCUCUCUCUCUCUCUCUCUCUCUCUCUCUCUCUCUCUCUCUCUCUCUCUCUCUCUCUCUCUCUCUCUCUCUCUCUCUCUCUCUCUCUCUCUCUCUCUCUCUCUCUCUCUCUCUCUCUCUCUCUCUCUCUCUCUCUCUCUCUCUCUCUGUUAUAUCCUUAAUACGAAGGAAGAAGCGCAGUUUGGAUCAACACGACCAUUCGAACAAUCCUUCCAACACUUUACUGCCUUCAAACAAAAAAGCCGAGUUUCAGUUCUUUCUUCAGUAGAAAUAAAAAAAAUAAUAAAAA